AUGAACCUGCAAUCCGAUGCCUCGUUGGAGGACGCCAGGGAUGACGUCGCUAGAGUCACACCCGAGCACAACGAGAUGGAAGACGCAGAUGCUGAGACAGAGCAAGAUUUCGGUCUUAACCUGACUACCCAGGACCUGGUAAAAGUCCAGUCAGAUUACAACAGAAAGUUAAGGGUCGUCAACCAGAGGCUCAAAGAAAAGAGGAAGAAAGACGAGAACGAGGCGAAGACGAAGAUUCAGCACCCAGAAGGAACAGCGCCACAGGACCUGACCCGAGGAAAAGCAGCGAGUGAGGACAGAACUGGACUGGAAGAGAACGCGACAUCCCGCAGCUGCACCUCGACCAGCCCGGGCGUUUCGACAGUAGCCAAGUCCCCGACUGGAACCGUGAAGAUAGCGAGUGCCCCGUCCCGUCGAGAUCCGGUGCUGCCCCAUGUAGCAACUUUUUUUAUCGAAACUGCCGAGGAAUUCAACGACCUCGAGAUCUGGGGAUGGGGAGGUAUGCGGCCGAAAAUCUACCCAUUUGGAGAGCCCUUUUCGAAAGUACGCUAUAUUGGUUUCAAGGAUAAUACCAACGGCGGCACCACAAAGGGUACAAGAGAUCUCCUACUGUACAUGGAGGACGCAGACUCGCUCGACAUGCUGCGGAUGCAAAGGUACUCCACUCAAUUUUGCAACCUCAUCGAAAUAUCGCCGGGAAGUCGACAAUCGUUCAAAUUCUACUGGGUGAGGCUCUAUCACACGAUGAAGAGCCCGAGGACAGACGAGCUUAAAAGCAAACUUAAAUCAUGGUGCGAACUCACUGGAUUGGAAUACAAAGAUGUGGAGGUAAAGGACGGGAUGGUCCUAGUAUCGUUCGACAAACUCGCGGAUGCGCUAAAAUCCUAA